AUCUUGUUGGUUGUUGAAUAUUACCACAACACGCGGCUAUUUAAGGAGAAUCUUCAGUCAGACGUUUAGUCUAGAUACGUAUAGUACUACUUCAACAUGAAACUUCUUGCGGCCGUAGGGCUGUUGGUGGUGGUAAGUUUUGGAUCUGAAGCAGCUCCUUCUGAUGGUGAUGGGUCAAUGACUGGAUAUUCCGCGGAUGUGUCCGAGCCUCAGGUAGAUGAUAACAAGAAAUGUCACAAGACGGUAACUGUGUCAGGACCAGGGAUCAACGACAAGUUGGACGAGGAUUGCGAUAUGGACAGUUACGUCAUAGCCGGCAGUGAUAGCUUAGUAGUCGGUGAUAGGAUAUACAGUGACAAGGCGAACCAACUCGUUGUGGUUAAGGAUGGAAAAUGUGAAUUGAGGACCUACAAAGAUGGAGCUUACCAGUCAUCUAGUGAGAUGUCCAGUGAGGACUGCGAUAAAGUGAAGAAAGCACUUAGUGAUGCAAAGUCCCAAGCUGAAGGAUGGAGUGGACAAGGUGGCGAAGGUGGACAGGGUGGUGGUGAGGGUGGACAGGGUGGUGGUGAGGGUGGACAGGAGGGUGGCGAGGGUGGAAGCUGGGGAGGAGAGGGUGGAGGCUGGGGAGGAGAGGGUGGAAACUGGGGAGGAGAGGGUGGAAACUGGGGUGGUGAGGGUGGAAGCUGGGGUGGCGAGGGUGGAAAUUGGGGAGGAGCGGGUGGAAACUGGGGAGGAGAGGGUGGAAACUGGGGAGGAGAUGGUGGAAGCUGGGGAGGAGGUGGUGGUAACUGGGGAGGCCAAGGAGGAUCUGGAGGCUGGGGUUACGGAUAUGGUUCUGGUGAUGGUACACCUAAUGGUGGAUGGGGAUUUGGAUCUGGAUAUGGUGGUCCAGGAAACUUCGGAGGAAAUAUGGUAAACGCAGCUCAACAACAUGCCCAGCAAAUGGAAAAAAUCCUGGAUGGAUACCGUUCCAUGUUUAACAACCCAGGAAUGAACUUCCAGAGACCACCUUGGUGAUUUUGUUUGUGUAGGGAUAAAAUAGCACCAGAUAAAAGUUAAUAAAUAAUAUGCUCUACAUGCAAAAA